UUCAGUUCCACCCGUAGCAGGUAGCUAGUCGACUGCGCCGUACUGCGGUAAAACGGUCCUGUCACUAAGUUCAUUGUUGUUCUGCGUAUUAGUGCAACUAUUCCUUUACUAAGGAUAUCUGUGAUCUAUUUAAGCAACUGACUCUUCACUGUCUACCCCGAACCUACGUUUAAAACAAAAUGGCAGCCGUAGAAGGCGUUGGACAGGGCACCGAGCUCGAACAAAUACAAGCCAAAUCCAGAGAUGUCGCCAACAAGUCGUUGGAGACCACCCGCCGCCUGUUGGCGCUCACCGAAGAGAGUAAGGAAGCGGGCAUUAAGUGCCUUGUCGCUCUCGACGACCAGGGAGAGCAACUGGAUAACAUCGAGAAGGGGAUGAACACCGUGCAUACCGACAUGCACCAAGCUGAGAAGAGUCUCAAGGAGAUGGAAAAGUGGUGCGGGCUCUGCACACUUCCCUGGAAAAAAGGUCCUGCUAAAAAGAAGACGGACAACGACGUAUGGACCGGCAAAAACGAGAGCAAGGUGGUCAACAACCAACCGCAGCGAGUGAUGACCGAUGAGCGAAAUGGCUGUGGGCCUAUGACCGGAUACAUUGGCAGGAUAACAAACGACGCCUUGGAAGACGAGAUGGAGGAGUGCAUGGUGCAGGUGAACACCAACAUCGGCAAUCUGAGGAACAUGGCUCUUGACAUUGGCUCCGAGCUCUCCAACCAGAAUAACCAGAUUGAGCGCAUCCAGCGUAAGGCCGAUUCGAACGUGGACACUCUGAAGGAUGCCAACGAGCGAGCGCACAAACUGAUGAAGAGUUAAACACUAUAUCUAUCGACAAUAAUUUCUUUAUAGAUAGGGUUGCAUAUUACCCUAUGUGUAGAAAACUAGCUAUAAUCGGAGUGCUGUGAUGCAUUAUACGAGUCUGGAUACAUACAACGAAAUUGAUUCAUCCUUUGUUACCGUAAACAAAUGAAUUAUUGAAAUACAGAGAUGAACAAUAUAAUAAGCAGAAUCAUUGUCAUUCUAGUUAGCCCAAAAUGUAAAAUAACAUGGAGCGUCCAUUGACUCUGAACAGACAAAGAUUUUUUCGUGGCAAAAACGCUUAAUCGACAAUAUUAAAUAUCGAUAUGUGUGUUAUCGAUGACUUAAACAUUAUAUCAUCUUCUAUUUAUUAAUUUAUGACUAGACAUUGGUAUAGAUAAACGAUUUAUCAAUAUUUCAUUUUGUCGAAUGCUUUUUUAGCCAGGAAAAAUAUUAUACAUAAUAAUAUUGGCUAUGAAAUAUUGUUCAACUGCGUACGUCUAUAUAGUUGAUUUGGCUAUGGCGGUACUUACGUUUUGCAUCGGCUAAACUACUUGAUAUUUCAGAAUGGCUACCUACUUGGUGCCAGCUGCCCUUGUAGAACUAUACUAUCCGCAAACCAAAAUAACGACCGAGAUUAUUUUACCAUCUCUUUCACUCCUACUACGACUAUGCAAGUGUGAAUGAAAAGUUUUACGAUCGCGGUCGUCACUUUGCUUUGCGGAUAGUUUAACGCGCGUUAUGAGAAACUACCCUCCUAUUUCUAAUAAACGAGAGAGUUGCUGCUAUAGCGCUUGAAUGAGUUGUGGUAGACAAAGACAAAAUAACUAGAGUCUAAGCUUCUUCUUCCUUGGUAGUUGUCGUUACUAUAUUACAUAUUUUGCCUUGAUUGACAGCUAGCUCUUACUUCCAUUAAAUGCGAGCUCAUGUCACCUCUGUUAUAUUUAAUGAAAGCUUGUUGCGCAUGUAACAGGCCAGGUAUUUAUAUAAGGCAGCCUCUAUGAGCACCCGGCUUAAUUAAAAUCAUAUCAGAGGAAUACUUUUUGAAGAGACGCUGUUCUCAAAAUGCGUUGUUCCAAUUUCACAGAAUAACUGUUUUUUUCUUCAAUACAAAUCAUUAGAGCCAAUUUGGAACUGACGUUCGAAAAUCGUAUUUUUUUAGGUACUUGAUUAAUGAUUAGCAUGAAUGAACCAUAUAUGUUUGAAAAAAAUGUUGCCUAUUAUUAUAAUCAUAUACAGUGUGUGUAUCUAGAUUAUGAAAGCUCAUUUUUAUUGAGUCUAGAUAAUAUUUUAGGUACUUAACCCCCUCAAGCUGGUAAAAAUGAAAAUAUGGGGUAAUUAACCAUCUUGCAUGUGGGCGGUGUUACAUAUAAAAAUAAUGGAAAUGGCUCUAAUAUAAUGGUUGUGGAACGGGCGCAGGACUCGCGGGUACCAACGCAUGAGGUACCUGCAUUCUAUGUAUUCCAUGUUUAUCUAUAUUCUUAACGAAAUUAAAUAAUUUUUCAAUAUUUGCCUCAACCAGUUAUCUAUUUAAAACUUGUUCUUUAAAGUUUUCAUAGUUUAUAACAAAUCUAAUAGAUUAGCAUAGCUAGUUAUAGAAGCAAUAAUUAUAUAUACUGUUUGUGAGUUAAUAAAUAAAACCGUAAUUUAAUAAUUAAAUGAAUCGGAUAGGUAGGUAGGCUAUCAUUAUAAUAUACUAUUAAACCAAAA